AUGCUGCUGCACGCGCGCCUAUACUGGGAGACGGUGCGUGGCGUGUACCGCUACUCUGCGGUGGAGUACAGAGAAGUGCUGCAGGCGUACGAUGAGACAUCCACCUUCUUCGGGGCCCUCUCGCGCACCGUGUAUGAUGAGAUUCAACUGCACAAGAAAAACCGCGGCUUUGACGACGAGAGCAGCGGCUUGACGGAGACGCUAGCGCUCGCCCUUCUGCAGCUGAAGUCCGUCACAUACAUGGUGCUGCCGUGGAUGACGGUCGUCGCAGGGGUUGUGCUGUUCUCAUUAUUCGGCCCCUUCAUUCUUUCCGCAGUGGUGAUACCGAAUUUGGUCUGGCGGGUGUGGGUGCAGCUCUUCGUGCUGCACCACACAUACGGCCUGACGGUAGACGGCUUCCUCAUCUCCCUGCGGGAGUGGGUGGACAUGCUGCUCAGCAAAGACUGGGCAGGGCUCCAGGAGCGCUUCAUGGCAGCACUUAUUUCCUUGGCCGCGGACGGUGGUGUUGAGACAUUCUACAACGGCAUCAUCGCAAUGAGUUUAGUCGUGGCGACCGUCAUCUGUCUGUUGUACUUGAUGUACAUAUGGGUGAAGGUGCCAUUGAUGCUGCUCGUCUCGGAGUUCUCCGGGGAAGAGGACACGGUGAUCAUCAAGAUGAAAAAGGAUCGCCCUGCGGGGCGGGACAGCGGCGACGGCAAGGGCCCCAGCAAGGGUGUCAUUCGCCAGAGCACCAAGAUGACUACCCCUCCGCGCAGCAGCGGCGGUGCGGGCGGCAACAACAACAACAACGACGCCAGCGAAAGGAACCGAAAGAAAAAGGCGUAG